AUGGCAGAAUUCGUGCGUGCCCAGAUCUUCGGCACCACUUUCGAGAUCACUAGCAGGUAUACCGAUCUGCAACCCGUAGGAAUGGGCGCGUUUGGACUUGUCUGCAUCUACGUCAUGAAAAUGUUGAUAAUUAGUUUGAGCGAUAUCUUCAUUUCGCCGCUCGAGGAUAUCUACUUCGUAACUGAGCUGCUGGGAACCGACCUUCACAGGCUCUUGACAUCCAGGCCAUUGGAAAAGCAGUUUAUUCAAUAUUUCUUAUAUCAGAUACUGCGGGGACUGAAAUUUGUCCAUUCAGCAGGUGUUGUUCAUAGGGACCUUAAACCCAGCAAUAUUCUCAUCAACGAAAACUGUGAUCUGAAGAUUUGCGACUUCGGCCUUGCCCGCAUCCAAGACCCACAGAUGACUGGUUAUGUGUCGACGAGAUAUUACCGCGCCCCCGAGAUUAUGCUCACGUGGCAGAAGUAUGAUGUGGAAGUGGACAUAUGGAGUGCUGCCUGUAUUUUCGCUGAGAUGCUGGAAGGAAAGCCCCUGUUUCCUGGCAAAGAUCAUGUCAACCAGUUCUCCAUCAUCACAGAACUCUUGGGCACACCACCCGAUGAUGUGAUCCAGACUAUUUGUAGCGAAAAUACCUUGCGAUUUGUGAAGUCAUUACCCAAGCGAGAACGCCAGCCUCUCUCCAAUAAAUUCAAAAACGCCGACCCGGAAGCGGUUGAUCUCCUUGAGCGAAUGCUUGUAUUUGACCCGAAGAAGAGAGUUCGCGCUGGGGAAGCGCUUGCCCACGAGUAUCUCGCCCCUUACCACGACCCGACAGAUGAACCCGAGGCGGAGGAGAAGUUCGAUUGGUCAUUCAACGAUGCUGAGCUACCAGUGGACACUUGGAAGAUUAUGAUGUAUUCGGAGAUUCUUGAUUUCCACAACAUUGAACAGGGCAAUGAAGCCGGUCAAGUUCUUGCUGAGGGAGCUAGCGACGGCCGUGCAUUCGCAUGA